AUGGUUGGUGCUCGUGGAUGGAAGGCGGACUAUGCGCUUUUGGUGACAUGGGAGCGAAUGAGCUACGGCGGAGCUCCGAAAGUCACAGACAUGAGCAAGUACGAACAAGCGAAACGAUGGCAAAAUACCUACCAAAUGGUGCUGGCGACGGACGAAAUCCGCACGUACUGUAUGCUGAACUAUGCAAAUAUCAACUGGACGUCUUCUUCACAGAGUGGAGCCCUCACUCGAGGAAGAGGAGGCAAACAGAGCGCCUUGGUGAGCGAAAAAUCUUAUCGGAGGGAACUGCAGUGUUUCCAAGACGUGGGAUUCAACGGUGGCAACGGUACCGGUUCUAAGCUCGUCCAGUUCGGCUCAACUCAGGUAGCUGGACGUUGGCUGGCACGAAUCGAUGAGCAGAUCCAAUACGGCGGAUGUACGAAUGAUAGUACAGGGACCAUGGAGCUAUCGCAACAGUACGGUAACAUGCUUGGUGGAUUCGCGCUAAAUGUGACAGGUCCCUGCCUUCGUCCAUCUGACGUCAUCAAAAUGCAGUUCGAUGAAAUUACGAUCGAUUGCGAAAGGAUCGAUAUGGUAAUGGCUCGAUGCGUGAUUCCAACCAAUACCGUCUUCAGGAUCGGCAUUGUAGAUGUGAAGCUGUCUGUGGACGCCGGAAAGAAUUACCCAUGGCAUACAAAAUUCUAUAUAAGUAAGUCAGCAAUCAAUGUACAGCCUUGUUCCCUGCAUCUGAGGAGGGUGUCAGGAGGGCUGGGCUUGGCGCAGCGCCAUCCCCUUUUCCACCGAUUGUUCUUGAAUGCUUUCUUCAACAGUUAG